AUGAAGUUGCUGGGGCCGUCUGUUACCGCCGCUUUGUUGGCGUAUGCCAUCUACUCUUGGGGCACAUUUAUAUACCACAAUGCCGUCGUGUUUGGCUUCCUUCGCACCAACCCUCUGAGCACUCAUGUCCAACAAGAGGACAUUGUAUACAUCUCGGACACUGUCCAUUGUGAAGACUUGCACUACCAUGGCCCCAGCAAGACCCUCUUCACUGCUUGUGAGGACCAUCCCGAGACUCGCUUCCAAUGGUUUCCCCCUUUGACCAACUUCAACAAUUCGUCAAUCCUCAAGACCUACCAUGGUUCUCUGCAUGUGAUUGACCCCGAAACGAAGAAAUCACGACGUCUUGUCGUGGACAACUUCGAGGGACCAUUCAUCACCCAUGGCAUCGAAGUCCUUAUUGACCCCGAGCAACCGAAUGCCGUGUACAUCUACGCCGUCAACCACCUCCCAAAUCCCGAGCCCGUCAUAGCCAUCCACCCUCCACCGGCAGACGUCCCCAAAGCGCGAUCCCAAAUCGAGGUCUUCCACCAUGUGAUAGGCACGUCAACUGCGACUCACAUCCGCUCCAUCUGGCAUCCUCUCAUCCGCACCCCCAACGAUCUCAUCGUCACCUCCCCCACGUCCCUCUACGUGACCAACGACCACUUCUACCGGGACCACGGCGCCAUGCGCUUCGUGGAAGACAUGUACGCCAACGCCAAAUGGACCGACGUCAUCUACUUGCAGUUCUCCCUUGAAGCCCCCUCCACUCCCGCCGAGACCGACGCUUUGGCCGGCGUCACCGCCCACGUGGCACUCGGCAAGUUCCAUAACGCCAACGGACUAGGCCACGGCCGAUACGACGAUGAAGUGGCCAUCGCCAGCGCCGCCUCGGGGGUUUUGAGCAUCAGCCAGCUUCCAUCGGCGUCGACAUCAAAGUCCAACAUGAUCACGGUGCUCAACCGUAUCGAAUUCGACUCCACCAUCGACAACCCCUCGUACUUCUCCGACCCUUACGCCGGCAUGGCGGACGGCGUUGACCACAGCGGGUUUGUCGUGGCCGGUUUGGGCAAGGCGCAUACGCUGGCGGAGACGUCCAGAAAUCCGGAGGCCAAGGACCCGGUCAUGGUGUGGUUUGCGAAGCCCGUCAAGCAAGCUGAUGGGGGUGAGAUUUGGGAGAAGAGACUUUUGUUUGAGGAUGAUGGGAGCAGGAUUAGGAGCGCGAGCGCGGCGGUUUUGGUGGCUAUUGAUCCAGAGAAGGAAGGGGGAAGGCGAAAGGCUUGGCUGUUUGUUACGGGUUUCGUGUCGAGCAAUGUGGUUGCUGUCAAGGUUGACUUGUGA